AGAAAGCACCGGUCGGCCUCCUUCGAUCAACCUGGACAAGUUGCACACCUCUCGAGGUCGACACUACCCUCGAUACAAUGGCAACCACCACCCGCGGUGAUGCGAAAUACGACGAGGAGAAGACCACUCGCGUAGCUACGCACGACUUGGACCACACGACCUACGAUGGCGACAGCGCAGACGUCUCCAUCACAGCACUCGUUGAAGAGGACCACAAACAUGAGAUCGCUCUGCGAACAAUGUCAUGGCAAAAAGCCGCUUGGCUUCUCGCUGGUGACCAGGUCUGCUUGGCCAUCAUGGCGCAGACAUGGUCUCUGUCCGUUCUCGGCUGGGUUCCAGGACUCAUCACCAUGGCUCUCGCUGGUGUACUCUUCUACAUCACAUCCUUGACAAUGCACAAGUUCAUCAUGAAACACCCCCAGAUCAAGGACAUCUGCGAUUUCGGCUACUAUGUUUUCGGAAAGAGCAAGAUUGCUUACUGGUUUACGUCUUUCAUGCUGUUGUGCAACAAUAUCAUGCUCAUUGGCUUCCAUGUUCUCACCGGCGCCAAGGUCCUGAACACCCUCUCCGAUCACUCCUUGUGUACUGUCAUCUUCAGCGUUAUCGCGACAAUUAUGGGUAUCGUUAUGAGCAUGCCACGCACGCUGAAGCAUGUCUCAUUCAUGUCCAUGUUCAGCGCUUCAUGCAUGGCCAUUGCUAUUCUGCUCUUCCUCGUCUUCGCUGGCAUUGAAGAUGCUCCAUACUAUGGGUACAAUGGCAAUUACCCAGAGCUCGGCGAAGUCUUUACAUACGCCUUCCCACAGGACGCUGUCACCUGGGUCGCUUGCAUGAAUGCAGUCCUCAACAUUACCUUCCUCUGGGUCCCUCAAAUUCUCUUCCCAACCUUCAUCGCCGAGAUGGAGCGCCCACAAGACUUUCCCAAAGCCCUCGCUGUCCUCGCCGGUCUCUCCGCCUUCCUCUUCAUCGUCCCACCAGCCAUAGGUUUCCACUAUCUCGGCCAGUACUCGACCGCACCGGCUUUCGGCAGCUUGGGCGUGACCGCCUACAAGAAGGCAUCCUUCGCCUUCGUCAUCGUCCCAACUCUGGUCAUCGGUGUCAUCUACGCCAAUGUUUCUGCCAAGUUCAUCUACCACAAGCUCAUCAUGGGCAAGUCCCGCCACCAACACAGCAACACCGUCAUCGGCUGGGGUGUCUGGGCUCUUGUUAUGAUCGUUGUCUGGCUGGUCGCCUUUGUCUUCGCUGAAGUCAUUCCAUCGAUGGGUGACUUCCUCUCCCUGCUUGGUGCUGCAUUCGACUCCUUCUUCGGCUUCAUAUUCUUUGCCGUUGCUUACUACCAGCUUUACAAGGGCAACUUCUUUGGUGGAGCUCGCCGAUCAGUCAUGACUGUCAUCCACAUCUUUGUGAUGGUCGUUGGUCUGUUCCUGCUUGGUCCAGGACUUUAUGCUGCUGUUAAAGCUAUCAUUGCAGAUUACUCGAGCGCUGUCAAGCCGGCUUUCAGCUGUGCUAACGUGUCCAUCUAAGUCGCGAGAGAUGGGGAAAGGGCGUUCUUGAGCUUUGGGAUGAUAACUAUGAUCCCACAUUAUACGCGAAAUGAAUGAGAUAUGAAAAUC